GAAUCGGAAGUGACGUAUAAUUCCGUAGCCGUUUUUGUGUUGUUCAUAGCGGCUCAGACACAAAGCGCCGUGGUGUGAGGCGCGCAGAUAACCUCUUUUUCAUUUAAUCUUUUUCAUAAUCAAAUAUCAUGUACGAUCAAGACGAAGAUAUCCAGUAUGAUGAAGAUGAUGAUGAAAUCACCCCUGAUCUGUGGCAGGAGGCCUGUUGGAUUGUUAUUAGCUCAUACUUUGAUGAAAAAGGUUUGGUGCGACAGCAGCUGGACUCAUUCGAUGAGUUCAUCCAGAUGUCUGUGCAGAGGAUUGUGGAGGAUGCUCCACCCAUUGACCUGCAGGCUGAGGCCCAGCACACAUCUGGAGAGGUGGAAGAACCGCCUCGGUACCUCCUGAAGUUUGAGCAAAUCUAUCUGUCCAAACCCACUCACUGGGAAAGAGACGGCGCUCCAUCACCUAUGAUGCCAAACGAAGCUAGACUCCGAAAUCUCACGUAUUCUGCCCCUCUGUAUGUGGAUAUCACAAAGACCAUCAUAAAAGAUGGGGAAGAGCAACAGCAGACACAGCAUCAGAAAACCUUCAUCGGCAAAAUUCCCAUCAUGCUCCGUUCCACGUACUGUCUCCUCAGUGGCCUAACAGAUCGUGAUCUUUGUGAGUUGAAUGAGUGCCCACUGGACCCUGGAGGCUACUUCAUCAUCAAUGGUUCAGAGAAGGUCCUGAUUGCUCAAGAGAAGAUGGCCACUAACACAGUGUAUGUGUUUGCCAAGAAAGACUCCAAGUAUGCUUACACAGGAGAGUGCAGGUCAUGUCUGGAGAACUCCUCCAGACCCACCAGCACUAUCUGGGUUAGCAUGAUGGCCCGUGGAGGACAGGGAGUGAAGAAAAGUGCCAUCGGCCAGAGGAUUGUUUCCACUUUGCCGUAUAUCCGGCAGGAAGUACCCAUCAUCAUAGUAUUCCGUGCAUUGGGAUUUGUGUCUGAUAGAGACAUCCUGGAACACAUCAUCUAUGACUUUGAUGAUCCUGAGAUGAUGGAAAUGGUGAAGCCAUCUUUGGAUGAGGCCUUUGUGAUUCAGGAACAGAAUGUUCGGUUGGUCUCGACCGAGUCCAGCAAACAAAAAAUAUCUUUCUCGGACCGAGACAUCAAAAACGUUGGUGGUUGCACUCGUACUUGUCUCGGACUUGGUCAUUGGACUCUCCAAAUGUUCACCGAGCACAGCAAAAGAACUUCAUUGGCUCCAGAGGGGCCAAACCUGGUGUCACCAAAGAGAGCACUAAAAAUCAAAUAUGCUAAGGAGAGUAUGCUUGUGCGCAUGCCAUCAUUUGUCCCCGAGCUUUGCGUUGUGUGCAAGGCAUCAGUCAAGAAUCUUCUCAGAGGAAUGUUCAAGAAUCUUCUGAAGGAGAUUAGGAUCUACGCACAGAAGUUUAUUGACAGGGGGAAAGACUUUAAUCUGGAGCUGGCCAUUAAGACUCGCAUCAUUUCUGACGGACUCAAGUACUCUCUAGCCACGGGAAACUGGGGGGAUGUAAAGAAAGCUCAUCAGGCAAGAGCUGGAGUAUCACAGGUGCUGAACAGGUUGACCUUCGCUUCCACUCUUUCCCACCUGCGCCGUGUAAACUCGCCUAUAGGACGAGAUGGCAAGCUGGCCAAACCUAGGCAGCUUCAUAACACACUGUGGGGUAUGGUGUGCCCUGCUGAGACCCCAGAGGGCCAUGCUGUAGGUUUGGUGAAGAAUUUGGCGCUCAUGGCCUACAUUUCUGUGGGAUCUCAGCCGUCCCCCAUCCUGGAGUUCUUGGAAGAGUGGAGCAUGGAGAACCUGGAGGAAAUCUCACCUGCUGCCAUUGCAGAUGCUACGAAGAUUUUUGUGAAUGGUUGCUGGGUGGGUAUUCAUAAAGAUCCAGAGCAACUGAUGAACACACUGCGGAAACUGAGGAGACAGAUGGACAUCAUUGUGUCUGAGGUGUCAAUGAUCAGAGAUAUUCGUGAGCGGGAGAUCAGGAUCUACACAGAUGCUGGCAGGAUCUGCCGUCCGCUGCUUAUUGUAGAAAAGCAAAAACUUCUUCUGAAGAGGCGACAUAUUGACCAGCUCAAAGAGAGAGAGUACAACAACUACAGUUGGCAGGACCUGGUAGCCAGUGGCGUGGUUGAAUAUAUUGACACACUAGAGGAGGAGACUGUGAUGUUGGCCAUGACCCCAGAUGACCUUCAAGAGAAGGGAGUGGCUUAUUGCUCCACCUACACACAUUGUGAGAUCCACCCGUCCAUGAUUUUGGGCGUCUGUGCAUCCAUCAUUCCUUUCCCUGAUCACAACCAGUCUCCCAGAAACACAUACCAGUCUGCUAUGGGUAAACAAGCCAUGGGAGUUUACAUCACCAACUUCCAUGUGCGUAUGGAUACCCUGGCACAUGUGCUCUACUACCCCCAGAAACCCCUAGUCACGACUCGUUCCAUGGAGUACCUGCGCUUUAGAGAGCUGCCGGCAGGUAUCAAUUCCAUUGUGGCUAUUGCAUCAUAUACUGGAUACAACCAGGAAGAUUCUGUCAUCAUGAACCGUUCGGCUGUGGAUCGUGGAUUCUUCAGGUCUGUGUUCUACCGCUCAUACAAGGAACAGGAAUCUAAGAAAGGCUUUGACCAGGAAGAGAUCUUUGAGAAGCCCACCAGAGAGACCUGUCAAGGCAUGCGACAUGCCAUCUAUGACAAGUUGGAUGACGAUGGUUUGAUUGCUCCUGGUGUACGUGUGUCUGGCGAAGAUGUUAUCAUUGGUAAAACCGUAACCCUUCCCGAGAAUGACGAUGAGCUGGAUAGCACCAACCGUCGCUACACCAAGAGAGAUUGCAGCACUUUCCUGCGCACCAGUGAAACUGGAAUCGUUGACCAAGUCAUGGUCACGCUAAACCAAGAGGGCUACAAGUUUUGCAAAAUUAGGGUCCGUUCAGUUCGUAUACCACAAAUUGGAGACAAGUUUGCCAGUCGUCACGGUCAGAAGGGUACCUGUGGUAUCCAGUACAGACAAGAGGACAUGCCGUUCACAUGUGAAGGAAUCACUCCAGAUAUCAUCAUCAACCCUCACGCCAUCCCCUCCAGAAUGACAGUCGGCCAUUUGAUCGAGUGCCUGCAGGGGAAGGUGUCCGCUAACAAAGGGGAGAUUGGUGAUGCCACGCCAUUCAAUGAUGCUGUGAACGUACAAAAAGUCUCCAACCUGCUGUCAGAAUAUGGUUACCAUCUGAGAGGCAAUGAGGUUCUGUAUAAUGGCUUCACCGGCCGUAAGCUCACCUCUCAGAUCUUCAUCGGACCCACAUACUACCAGCGUCUGAAGCACAUGGUGGAUGAUAAGAUCCACUCCAGAGCCCGUGGUCCGGUCCAGAUCCUCAACAGACAGCCCAUGGAGGGUAGAUCACGUGAUGGUGGGCUGCGUUUUGGAGAGAUGGAACGUGACUGUCAGAUCGCUCACGGUGCUGCUCAGUUCCUAAAAGAGAGGCUUUUUGAGGCCUCUGACCCAUACCAGGUCCACGUCUGCAAUUUAUGUGGCCUCAUGGCCAUCGCAAACACCCGCACACACACCUAUGAGUGCAGGGGCUGCCGCAACAAGACACAGAUCUCUUUGGUGAGGAUGCCGUAUGCCUGUAAGCUCUUAUUCCAGGAGCUGAUGUCUAUGAGCAUUGCCCCACGGAUGAUGACCAGCUAAACAACACACAGAUGAAUGAUAGAAAAAAGGGUAUACAGAAUAAUGGAAAAAAUUAUAGGGAAAAUGAUUUUGAAUGGAUCCCAACAGCACUUCCUGCGGUAACUGCUGGGCUUGUGAACUUCUACAGUUUUUGUUGUUUUUCAUGUGUUAUUGUUCUGGAACAGAUGUUUUGGCUGUUCAACCUAGAAUAAAAUAAAGUUUCCUUUUAAAAAAAAAAAAAAAAAAAAAGUGAUCAUGAU